CCUCCCCGCCGGCCUCCCCUGCCGGCCGCCGCCGCCGGCGCCGCGCCAGCCGCCCCCCGAGAGCCCGCGGUCCCCGCGGCCGGGCCCGGAGCCGCCGGCGCCGAGAGGGAGCCCGCGCCCAGGAGCGGCGGCGGGGCCGGGCCUGCGCGGCCGUUGGCGGAGGAGCCGCGGGCGCCAUUAGCGCCGCCUCGGCCGCGCCGGCUCCCCGCGCCCGCCCGCCGGGCUCCCGCGGCCGCGGCGCCCCGAAGGAAACUCCCUGUUAACAGGGACGUGCUCGCAAGAUUCCCCGACGAGCGCCGUUGGCGGCCGCCGCGGACUUGCCGGGCUGUGCUGGGCCGCCUGGGCCGGCGCGCCGCGGCUCCUCCUUCCUGCGGAUCCGGGGCUCGGGACGCAAUGAGCGCGCACCCCAGCCGGCCUGGGCUUUUUCUUGAGUGACCGUGCCGAGGUGACUGUUGCCAAAUGAGGAGGAAAGGACGAUGUCAUCGAGGACCCGUGGCCAGGCACCCCGCUUCCCCGUGCAGCCUUAAGCACUCCCCGACGCGAGAGACGCUGACGUACGCGCAAGCCCAGAGGAUGGUGGAGAUCGAGAUCGAAGGGCGCCUGCACAGGAUCAGCAUCUCUGACCCCCUGGAGGUCAUCCUGGAGGAUGACCUCACCGCCCAGGAGAUGAGCGAGUGCAACAGCAACAAGGAGAACAGCGAGCGGCCUCCUGUCUGCCUCAGAACUAAGCGCCACAGAAACAACAGAGUCAGGAAGAAAAGUGAGGCCCUGCCUGGCGCUCCUGGCACGCCCGCCUCCGCCAGCGCACUGCCCGAGCCCAGGGUGCGUGUCGUUGAGUACAGCCCCCCAUCCGCCCCCAGGAGGCCCCCCUUGUACUACAAGUUCGUCGAGAAGUCCGCCGAGGAGCUGGACAACGAGGUGGAGUACGACAUGGACGAGGAGGACUAUGCCUGGCUGGAGAUCGUCAACGAGAAGCGCAAGGGCGAGUGUGUCUCGGCCGUGUCCCAGAGCAUGUUCGAGUUCCUCAUGGACCGAUUCGAGAAGGCCUCGCACUGCGAGAACCAGAAGCUGGGUGAGCAGCCGCCGCUCAUCGAUGAGGACGCCGUGUGCUGCAUCUGCAUGGACGGCGAGUGCCAGAACAGCAACGUGAUCCUCUUCUGCGACCUGUGCAACCUGGCCGUGCACCAGGAGUGCUACGGGGUGCCCUACAUCCCCGAGGGCCAGUGGCUGUGCCGGCACUGCCUGCAGGCCCGAGCCAGGCCUGCCGACUGCGUGCUGUGCCCCAACAAGGGCGGGGCCUUCAAAAAGACGGACGACGACCGCUGGGGCCAUGUGGUGUGUGCCCUGUGGAUCCCCGAGGUCGGCUUUGCCAACACGGUCUUCAUCGAGCCCAUCGAUGGCGUGCGGAACAUUCCCCCAGCCAGGUGGAAACUGACGUGCUACCUCUGCAAGCAGAAGGGUGUUGGAGCUUGCAUUCAGUGCCACAAAGCAAACUGCUACACAGCAUUCCACGUGACAUGUGCCCAGAAGGCUGGCCUGUACAUGAAGAUGGAGCCUGUCCGGGAGCUGGCUGCGGGGGGCACCACCUUCUCGGUCAGGAAGACCGCGUACUGUGACGUCCACACGCCUCCGGGCUGCACGCGGAGGCCCCUGAGCAUUUACGGGGAUGGCGAGACGAAAAAUGGCAUCUGCCGGAAAGAGAGUGUGGUCAAAACGGUUAGGUCCACCUCCAAGGUCAGGAAGAAAGCGAAAAAGGCCAAGAAGACGCUAGCCGAGCCCUGCGCGGCCCUGCCCGCCGUGUGCGCCCCUUAUAUUCCGCCUCAGAGAUUAAAUAAAAUUGCGAAUCAGGUGGCCAUUCAGCGGAAGAAGCAGUUUGUUGAGCGAGCCCACAGUUACUGGCUACUCAAGAGACUGUCUCGGAACGGCGCGCCCCUGCUGCGGAGGCUGCAGUCCGGCUCCCAGUCCCAGAGAAACACGCAGCAGAGGGAGAACGACGAGGAGGUGAAGGCGGCGAAGGAGAAGCUCAAGUACUGGCAGCGGCUGCGGCACGACCUGGAGCGUGCGCGCCUGUUGAUCGAGCUCAUGCGCAAGCGCGAGAAGCUCAAGCGUGAGCAGGUGAAGGUGGAGCAGGUGGCCAUGGAGCUGCGGCUGACCCCCUUCACGGUGCUGCUGCGCUCGGUGCUGGAGCAGCUGCAGGAGAAGGACCCUGCCCGCAUCUUCGCCCAGCCCGUGAGUCUGCAAGAGGUGCCAGACUACCUGGAGCACAUCCAGCACCCCAUGGACUUUGCCACCAUGCGCAGGCGGCUGGAGUCUCAGGGCUAUAAGAGCCUGGCCGAGUUUGAGGCAGACUUCAGUCUCAUCGUGCACAACUGCAUGAAGUACAACGCCAAGGACACCGUGUUCUACCGGGCUGCCGUGCGGCUGCGUGACCAGGGCGGUGCCGUGCUCAGGCAGGCCCGGCGCCACGUGGACAGCAUUGGCUUCGAGGAGGCCACGGGGAUGCACCUGCCCGAACGGCCCGUGGCUGCCCCUCCGCCACCCUUCUCCUGGGAAGACGUGGACAGGCUGCUGGACCCGGCCAGCAGGGCGCACAUGCCGCUGGAGGAGCAGCUGCGGGAGCUGCUGGACAAGCUGGACCUCACCUGCUCCAUGAAGUCCAGCGGGUCGAGGAGCAAGCGGACAAAGCUGCUCAGGAAGGAGAUUGCGCAGCUCCGGAGCAGGCUCAGCCAGCAGCACGGCCGGCCGCCGCAGGCAGAGGCAGGUACUGGAGGCUUGGAAGAGGACGCGGCUCCGCCGGGGCCCGAGCCCGAGGAGGAAGGAGAUAAAUCUCCCCCUAAACUUGAACCAUCAGAUGCAUUACCUCUUCCUUCAAACCCGGAGACUAAUUCAGAACCACCAACCCUCAGACCAGUAGAACUCAAUCCAGAGCACAGUAAACCAUUCAAAAGAGUCACAUUUGAUAAUGAGUCACGUAGCCCCGGCCCUCAGAGCGCGCCGGUGAACGGACACCCAGCAGACGCCCCUCUGGCCGGUCCUGGCCGCGCGCCGGCCGCCGCCGCAGGGGCAGAGCCCUGGAGCGAUGUAAACAGACGCACUUCUGUUCUCUUCUGCAAAUCGAAAAGCGUAAGCCCCCCAAAGUCUGCCAAGAACACUGAAACCCAGCCAACUUCUCCUCAGCUAGGGACCAAAACCUUUUUGUCUGUAGUCCUUCCGAGGUUGGAGACUCUUCUGCAGCCAAGGAAAAGGUCCCGAAGCGCCUGCGGAGACUCCGAGGCGGAAGAGGAGUCCCCGGGAAAGCGCCUGGACACAGGUCUCACCAACGGCUUUGGGGAUGCGAGCAGCGAGCAGGAGCCGGGCGGCGCGGCGAGCAGGAAGGCCGCACCCCGGCGCCGCUGCGCCUCUGAGUCCAGCAUCUCCUCCAGCAACAGUCUCCUCUGUGGCCCCAGUUUCAGUGCACCCAAGUGUGGGAGGGGCAAGCCCGCACUCGUGCGCAGACACACGCUUGAAGACCGCAGCGAGCUGAUCUCCUGCAUCGAGAACGGGAAUUACGCCAAGGCUGCGCGGAUCGCGGCAGAAGUCGGGCAGAGCGGCAUGUGGAUCUCCACCGACGCGGCGGCCUCUGUGCUCGAGCCCCUGAAGGUGGUGUGGGCCAAGUGCAGCGGCUACCCCUCCUACCCCGCGCUGAUCAUCGACCCCAAGAUGCCCCGUGUGCCCGGCCACCACAAUGGCGUCACCAUCCCUGCACCCCCCCUGGACGUGCUCAGGAUCGGGGAGCACAUGCAGACCAAGGCUGGCGAGAAGCUGUUCCUGGUCCUGUUUUUCGACAACAAGAGAAGCUGGCAAUGGCUUCCCAAGUCCAAGAUGGUCCCGCUCGGCAUCGAUGAGACGAUCGACAAGUUGAAGAUGAUGGAGGGCAGGAACUCCAGCAUCCGGAAGGCCGUGCGAGUCGCGUUUGACCGCGCCAUGAACCACCUCAGCCGCGUCCACGGGGAGCCAGUCAGCGACCUCAGCGACGUCGACUAGCCCCGCAGGAGGGCCCUGGCGUCUCCCGCACUGUCCAUAACCUGUACAUAUGUGUACAUUGUUCAGAUCUUAACUUAUUCUGGUUUCCGUCAUAGGUCUUGGUUCUGUUCCCUUGAGGAGGGGGAGGUUUUGUUUCCACGUGUCCUCUGUGAAGCCAUCGCCCGGCUCUGUGGGCCCGGACAUGGCGUGGGUCUGUCUGCGGAAUCCCUCACAUGCUGGAUGGUGCUGCUAUAUCACUUUCUUUGAUCAGUAGCUUUUUUUUAAAGACUUUUGAAUGUUUGAUAAUUUUGUAAAUCAUACUCUUUACACAGAGUGCCACUUAUUUAAUAAGAUGGGUGUAAAUUUACAGUGACAAAUGUGUAUUUUAAGAAAGAAAUGACAUUAUUUUGAAUGGUACUUUGUGGAAAGAGAUGGAGAAUAAAUUGAUGUCCUGCACAUCACUUGCAAAUCACCAAAAACCCUCCGCAGCCGUCGGGCAGAGCUCCCGGGGCACGGCCCCAUCCCCUUGGCCCCUCCCGCCCACCCCAGGCCACCACGGUGCACCUCCCAGCCGAUUAUUUAUUGUAGAAAGUGUAUUCAUUUGCUUUAUAAUGAAAAAUAAAUUUGCAAAGGUAUAUUGAUAUGCAUUUUUAUACAGGCACAUAAAAAUCCAACUCGCUUUGGGAGAGAGAUGUAUCGGCGUCGUUGUAUAAAUGACUUGAUGGCUUGUGUGUACUUUGAUUUUGUAACCUGUAAUCUUCUGUUUACAACGAGGGGCUUUCUGUAACUUGUUUUAUUUUAGAACACUUUGGUAGCAAUAGAGACUUUGGAUACAUUUUUGUAUGGUACAUGUGAUGUAUAUAGAAUUAGUACUUUAUUUUUAUUUUUAAGAGGUAAAGCAUUAUGUUAGGGGGGAAAAGUAGGGUGGGUUUCCAAAAUUGCAUUUUUUAUAUUAAAAAAUAAAGUCAGGAUUUGGA